AUGGACAGAGAGGAGAAGGGAGAAGGGAGUCAGAUGAGAGAUGAAGGAAGAGGGGAGAGGAAGAAGGGAGAUGGGGAUGAGGGGGAGGGAAGGAGGGGCCAAGAAGGAGAGGGAAAAGGAAAGGAAAGGAGGGGCAGGACGGACAAAGGGCGAGAGGGGAGGAGGGCAGAGAAGGGAGGAGGACCGGGGCGGAAGGGAGGCCGGAGAGAAAGGGCAAAGGGAGCGAGGGGGACAGAAAGGAGGAGGAGACAGGGCAGAAAGGGGACGGGCAAGGCAGGGAGAAAAGGAGAGAAGGGAAGGGGGGGCGAGGAGGAGGGGCACGAGGGGAAGGGGGGGAGGCAAAAGGGCAAAGAGGGAGAGAAAAGGGAGGGGAGAAAGGGAAGAAAACGGGGACGGGGGAGAAGACAGGCAGGCAAGGAGAGGGGGCCCAGGAAGGGCAGAGGAAAGGGAAAGGGGGAAAAGGGGAAGAGAAGGGAGGGAGCGAAAGAGGAAAGGGAAAGGAGGCGGGAGAAAGGGGAAAGGGAACAGAGGAGGGGGAAGGAGGAGGAAAAAGGAGAGGCGGAGAAGAACGGGGAGAGAGGGGAAAAGCAAAGGAGAGGGGGCGGAGGGGGGAACAAGGGGAGGGGCAGGCGAGGGAACAAGAAGGGGAAGAGAGGGGAGGCAGGGAAGCGGGAGAGAGAAACAAGAGGGGAGGGGAAAGGACAGAGG